AUGUCACUCAAGUUAGCCCUUGAAAAUACCAGAAAUCAUGCACUGGUGGUUGUCAUUACUCCUCUAGCCAUUGCCAGUAGAUUCAAUAUUGACUUUGAUUUGAUGUGGGACCCAGAAUACCAGGAUGUGUGUGGUAUCUUGGUUAAGGACAUCAAUCCUAUUCUCCAGGAAAUUGGACAAGAAAAAAAAUGGAGUGAGAUGAAGAUAUGUAAAGUCUGCAGCCUUUUGAUUGAUGGUUACUGCUUUGGUGGUAAAUUGGAGGUUUUCAACAGCAGACAAGUGGUGUAUUGUUUGCAUUAUCUCCACUGCUUUGGCAAACUCCUGAGGAAAUUAGUUGACACCAACCUAUCAGAGAAUUUGUUGCUAUUUCUGUCAAAUGGUCAAAAUGAUCAAUUUAAUCAACUUGUCCUCCAACUACUCUCGGGGCCAGUUCCAUUUGACCUACCCAAAGUCUUUGUCAUUGACCAG